AACUGCAAGUUGGUGGCAUCAGUCGGAGUUCUGAGUCAAAUUGCAACGCAACGCGAACUAAAAAUAUCAAAAACAAAAACAAAAAACUCGAACGCGGAAAUUUCGACAAACGCACACAUCAAAGGCCAAGCGAACGGUUACUUUGCUAUUCGAAAUUAAGGACAUCCACAGGAUUACUCACAGACAUCACAUAAAGAGGAAUAAAGGCGAGGCGAAAUGUUUAAACUGUCGCUAAUUUUAUCAGCGCUCAUCGCCUUGGCCAGCGCACGACCUGGCUACCUGCAUGGCCAUUACCCACACAUUGACUACCCAUUGCUGCAUCACCAUCACGAGCCGUUGCACUUGACUAAGUUGGUACACAUACCGGCGGCAAUUUCACAUCAGAGUUCAACAGUUAUUCACAGCGCGCCCAUCAUUAAACCAGUUGUAGUGCCGGUGCUGAAGACCGUCGUGCAUCCGAUUGUCAAAACAUAUCAUCCGGCGCCCAUAAUCAAAGCUUACCACCCGAUUUCAUUGGAUCCCUACCAUCACUACGAUCAUCACGACUUCCAUCAUUUCCAUUAAGGGGAGUAAAUAUUUAUGUUAACCGAGGGAGCUGAUGGAUGCUGGGAGGCUAGCAAAUGUCUAAAGAUAAUUUACAAAAUUUUAUAAGAGCCACUUUUCUGCUUUAUAUGUGUGUAUUCUAUAUUACAAUCAUUUAUAUUUUAUGUCUUCUAACACUUUUGUUGAUUUCUACAAUUAA